AUGAAUAAACACGCGUGUUCUUCGAGUUUCAAUAAUGAAAAUAUUAUCAGAUUGAUUCAACUUUAUGAAUUUCACCGAGUCUUGUGGGAUAGCACACUAACUGAUUAUCGAAAUAACGAUUUACGCCAAGAUGCAUGGAAGGCAAUUUCAAAUGAAGUGAAAAUUCCAAUAGGUGAAUUAAAAAAAAAGAUGACAACUUUAUUAGCAACUAAUAGAAAAGAAAGGAGCAAAAUCAAAAAAAGUUUAGUAACAGGAUCAGGAGCUAAUGAUGUAUAUAUAUCGAAGUGGUUUGCAUCUGAAUAUUUUACCUUUCUUAAUGAUAAGGACAAACCUCUGCCAACAACGGAGACUACUAUAACUACCAGCAACAACACACAGAAUGUGAAUGAAUCUAUAUCAAAUGAUGAACAAUUAGCCAGUGAUUCUGCCUCAACCACACAACAAGUACCUAGUGAUUUGACUUCAUCUACACAACAAGCACCCAGUAAUGCAUCAUCAUCCACACAACAAGCACCCAGUAAUUCUUCAUCGUCCAUACAACAAACACCAAGGAAUUCUGCCUCAUCCACACAACAAGUACCUAGUGAUUUGACUUCAUCCACACAACAAGCACCCAGUAAUGCAUCAUCAUCCACACAACAAGCGCCCAGUAAUUCUUCAUCGUCCAUACAACAAACACCAAGGAAUUCUGCCUCAUCCACACAACAACAGCACAACACAUCAGGCGCCGUAAUAACGAUGACAUGA